AUGGUAAAGAGCCACUUGAUGAUGGAGCUCAACUUGGAGUAUGGUCGAUACCUUAAGGAGGUGGUGCAGGCUCUUGAGAGUGAUCCCUCCUUCAGGAAGAAAUUAGAGACUGCUGAAGUGGAUGACAUUAAGUCUGGAAAGAUUGCCAGAGAACUCCACUUUGUCGACCACAAUGUGCGCACAAAGCUAGAUGAGUUGAAACGAAGAGAGCUAGAGCGUCUUCGUCACCUGGCCAUAAGGAACAUGAAAAAGAACUGGCGUGGACCGUAACAUGCUGAAGAUACCUGUCCACAUUGACCACCGAAAUCCAACGCGGUUUGAAGUUGAGGACUUGAAGAAACUCAUUAUCAAGACCACAGCAGACCUGGAGAAGGUAGAUCAGCAGAGGCGAGAGGAAUUCAAGAAAUACGAGAUGGAGAAAGAAUUUGAGAGGAAGCAGAACUAGCGGGCAUGGAUGAUGAACAUCGCAAGCAAGCCGAAGAGAAACACAACGAGGAAGUUAAAAAAACACGGAGAGCAUGAAAAUUGCACCACCCUG